ACAGUUCGCAUGAAGUGCGCUGCGAGGCGCUCGCUACAGUAUUUCUCGAAGAUCGACCUUUGCGGCAGUUACCACCAGACUCGAGUCUUCGCCGACGAUUGCCACAAGACCGCGUUUCGUACUCACUACGGGAGUUACGAAUACACCGCCAUGCGGUUUGGGUUAAUUAAUGCCCCCUCGACGUUCCUGCUGACGAUGAACGAGGUCUUUCGGGAUCUACUUGAUAAAUGUGUGAUCAUUUAUCUGGAUGAUAUCUUGAUUUACAGCACGACACGGGAGCAUCACCUAAAGGACCUAGAAGCAGUUUUUAAGCGCAUGCAGAAGAAUUGUCUCAUCGCCACAGGCUUUAAGUGCAAGUUUUUUAAACCCAAACUAGAGUUUUGGGGGCACGUUAUUUCGACGGAAGGCGUGAAAAUUGACCCCCGCAAAAUUCGGGCAAUUCAGGAAUGGAGGCCGCCGACCAACCUCAAGGAGCUGCAAUCGUUUUUUGGGUUUGUCAAUUUUGUGCGGUGGUUUAUCCCCAACAUGGCAGGUUAAAUGGAGCACUAACUGACCUAC